AUCCAUGCACUUUCUAUAAAAUUAUUUUUAAUCGUUCACUUCUUUCCAUUCCACACAAAACAUUUUAUUCAGCUUUAACAUCGUAAAACCACAUGUGCACUUCAUAAACUAUUUUAAGCCAUAAACUCCAUUUAGAUAAUUUGCUUUUACUAUUUUUACAAGGUUAAUUAUUGUGAAAAAAUAAAAUAAAAACAGUUUUCUGAAUCUAGCCAGGCUCAAAUGGAUUAACAUCCUUAUCGGUGUUCUUCUUCUAUGGGUAUGUUUUUUCUUCAUUCCUUCCUUCCUUCUUUUUUGUGUGUGUUUCAGAUUGCUGUUAGCAUAGUAUUGUAAUGUGAUGUAUAGUGAAAUUGAAGUGGACAAAUAAAAAUUCUUUUGUUUUCUUUGUUUUGGUUUUUUGGAGUUUCUUGAAAAAGUUUCCAUUGAUGAACACCUGAGAAAAUGUGAUGUAUCUGCCAAACUUAUUCUUAAUGGUAUCACCUUUUCAAAGGGUUUACUGGGCAAUAUGUUUAACAAUUUUAAAUUUUAGUUUUUUAAAUUUCUCAUUUUUCUUCAGAUGCAUUUAAUUUAAAGGAAGUUAUUUGUUAAUUGUUCUUGAUUAAAAUAAAAUAGUUUUUCCACAAUCGUAAACAUGGUAAAGAAUUUUUUAUUUUCUUGGGAAUAUAUAAAAAGGUAAGGAAAAGACUCCUUUGUAAUUUUUUUUCCUUCUUGAAUUUGUGUAUGUUAGUUUGUAUAUCCUUGAUGUAUGUAACAAUAGUACUAACGAUUGUUGUUGUCACUUUUUUAAAGCCAAUAUUAUAAAAAUAGUUUGAUGCAUUUUCCAACAUGGAGCUAUUGUCAAAUGAGCUUUCACAUUCAGAUGAUCAUGGCUUACUCCAUUUGCCACCUGCAUUGGAUAUAGCAGAUAGAUCUGUGAAGCUUCUUAAUACCCAUCCAACUAUGACAAAUCAUCAUCAUGGUCUUGGUCGUUCAAUCUUUUUGAAACAAACACGACAUUAUUAUGGCCACCAAUAUUUUCGACGUAACUCUACCAAUCAUGCCAAUGCUUCGUCUUCACGUGCCAAGGAAUAUAGAGAGAAAGUGUUUUCAAGGCCAGAGAGAAUUCCAUCAAGCUCAUUAGGGAUGGAAGAAAUGUCAUCAAAUAAUAAAGCAGAGAUGGUUUGUGGGAUCUGUGAGAAACUUCUGAGUCAAAAAAUAAACUUUUUGGGAAAUUCAAUCUCUUCCAGCGAGCUUUCAGUUGUGGCAGUUUUAGUAUGUGGUCAUGUUUACCAUGCAAAUUGUUUGGAGCAAAGAACAAGAUUUGAAGAUGUACGUGAUCCACCAUGCCCAGUGUGUGCAGGUUUACUCUUACAAGACCAUCACAAUGAUAGUUCAAAGAUCAUGUGAAUGUUACAACUUCAUGUGUGUUUUAUGGAACAUAUCUAACUGACAAAUUGAAAGAUGUGGCAUUUCGUUACCAUAGCUUGUAAAAGAAUUCAUAGAAUUUGUCAGUUAAGAGUAGUGUGUGAUUUCUUUUCAAA